AUGCCCGCGUCGGAUAAACCACCCGUCUCCGCGCGACAAAAGAAAGCAUGCACCGAGUGCAGACAGCAAAAGGCAAAAUGCGAUGCCUACCUCAACCCCGACGCGCCCUGCUCGCGGUGUCGCAAAGUUGGCGCAACAUGUGUGAUUUCAGAUCCGUUCAAACGGGAGCAUAAACGAAAACGACUAUCGCAACUCGAACACGAAACCGAAGAGCUACGCAAAAAACUGCAUAGCAACAACAACAUCCGACAAUCGGGAAACAGAAUCACGUCACCGAUUGGUGUCGUGAACGGGAUCGGGGAUUUGAGUCAUUCGCCGCAGAGUCUUGGAUCUUCGUCGACGACGAGCGCUUCUCCGGACUCACUCGCGGUGCAUCAGCGGUCUUUGCCUAUUAAUGCGCGACCUGCGCCGGUUGUGAUACAUGCCACUACAUCGCUGGCGGGCAGUGAGGGACCUACGCAGGCGAGGACGCUCAAGGGGGUGAGGGUUGAUGCGGGGGAGAUUGAUGAUAUAUUUCAAUUAUUCUUCCAAGACCACGCCCCCUUCCUACCAAUCCUUGACCCGAGUACUACUCCCAACGCAUACUACGACCAAUCCACGCUGUUAUUCUGGACAAUCAUCUUUGUCGCAUGUCGGAAUUACAAUAAAAAUCCGACGUUGUUUCCAACACUGGCAGAGCCGAUCCUGGAGAUGAUAUUGUUGUCAAUGGGCUCGAAUGCCGCACCAGUAUUCAAAAUACAGUCAUUUCUACUAUUCCUGACGUGGCCACCCCCAGGGUUCGAGGUAUUCUUCCCGAUCAGUGGAUGGUUGCUACACGUUGCUAUGCAGAAUGGACUUCAUAUCCCCAUGGCGAGCCACGAAUUCGGACGAAAUAUGAGGUCGUUGAGAUCGGAGCCGUCGCAGGCGAACAAGAGUAUUUUCAUGAUAGAUAUGCAGCGCCGAUCUGAGUUGUGGGCGUAUUGUAUUAUAGUUUACCAACGGGCAUGUUUAUGCAAAGGCCAACCGCCACGCGCAAUGCUGGAUCUUGUGCCUGAUUCAGGACACAAGCUGUGUCGCCAACUUUCGCCAAUCCUGGCGCUACAAUUGCGAUGUUUAGAUAUUGUGUCAAAGUGUUGCGUUAGUAUUUUUACGACUGGUGUUCGGAAUACAUCGUCCGAACAUGAGCGGCCGAUGUCCGCUUUGAUACGAGCGCAUGAAACACAGUUGCAUGAUAUUGUCGCGCAACUCCCAUCUAAUCAUAAUACCCUCUAUCCCACCAUCGCCCGCCUCCUAAUCCAAGUAUUCUACCUCUAUAAAGACCUCAGCGGCCCCUACGACAACUGCUUUGCCCGCCUCACAAACACCGCCUGCUCCGUAAUCGACCAUUUACGAGUCCUCUACGACAAACCCGAAACCUACGCCGGUAGUCCCAGGUUCAUCAUCAACGCCUUGAUCUUAGCAUCGUGCGUCUUGCUUCGUUUAUUGAAAAGUUCGAUGAGCAGCAAAAUCGACGCCGACAAAGCGAAAAACGCGCUGUUCGCCGGAAUCAAUUUGAUGAAGUAUAUGAUCCUGGACGCGAAAGAUACUGCGUCCAAAUGCUCCAUUAUGCUGAAUCAGUUGUGGAAUAGCCCCAAGGCGUUUCGGAAAGCCGAUGGCUCGGAGUAUGCGACGUUACGCAUAAGGAGUCGUUUGGUUAUUUCGCCAGUCAUUGAUAUGGCGUGUUGGUGGAGGGAGGAGUAUGAGCCUGAUGCGCUGCCACCACAGGCCAGUCAGAAUGCGGCAAAUAAUGAAGUUAGCAACAAUGACAACAGCAACAACGGCAACAGUGACUUGUUCUUCGCACCCAUCUCGAAUAUGGCGAACGUUAGCUCUGAAUUUGGGUUUCUGAGUGAGGAGUUUCUGACGGAUUUCGAGUGGGCGUUGGAUGGGAAUGGCGCGAGCGGUGAAUAUUUGCUACCGCCAGAGGCGUAUAGCGAUCUUGCCUGGCCGAGCGUUGGUGUUGGUGUUGGUGUUGGUGUUGGAGCUGCCAGUAGUAGUGCAGACCUCAACUUGCCACCGAUCUGA